GGUUCUAGAAUCCGCUUAGUAUAAACGCAGAGCAGAGCRGCCAUAAUCUCUCCCAUUCACUGUCCUCUGCUUCCAUUUCCCUCUCGUUUAUCGCCUUCAUUCUGCUUCUUCGAUCUUCAUUUCCAUCCAAAAAUGUCCGCCUUCAAGAGCAAGUACCACGAUGAGCUCAUUGCCAAUGCUGCCUACAUUGGUACUCCUGGAAAGGGUAUCCUUGCUGCUGAUGAGUCAACUGGUACCAUUGGCAAACGUCUAGCAAGUAUCAAUGUCGAGAAUGUUGAAACUAACAGGCGUGCUCUUCGUGAACUCCUCUUCCUCACACCCGGUGCUCUUCAAUACCUCAGUGGAGUCAUCCUGUUUGAAGAGACUCUCUACCAGAGUACUGCUGCAGGUAAGCCGUUUGUCGAUGUUUUAAAGGAAGGCGGUGUGUUGCCUGGCAUCAAGGUUGACAAGGGCACUGUAGAACUUGCUGGUACCAAUGGUGAGACAACCACCCAGGGUCUUGAUGGCCUUGCUCAACGCUGCCAAAAGUAUUAUGAAGCAGGUGCUCGGUUUGCCAAAUGGCGUGCUGUGCUUAAGAUCGGUCCGAACGAGCCCUCGCAACUGGCUAUCAAUGAAAAUGCAUAUGGACUGGCUCGAUAUGCAGUUAUCUGUCAGGAGAACGGUCUUGUUCCCAUUGUUGAACCUGAGAUUCUGGUUGAUGGUCCUCACAGCAUUGACAAGUGCGCCGAGGUGACGGAGCGGGUUCUUGCUGCAUGCUACAAGGCCCUCAACGAUCACCAUGUCCUUCUCGAAGGAACUUUGUUGAAGCCCAACAUGGUUACCCCUGGAUCUGAUGCUGCCAAGGUUGCUCCAGAAGUGAUCGCUGAGUACACCGUUCGAGCUCUACAACGCACCGUCCCUGCUGCAGUUCCCGCCAUUGUCUUCUUGUCAGGUGGGCAGAGCGAGGAGGAGGCAACCCUCAACCUCAAUGCCAUGAACAAGCUGAAGAGUAAGAAGCCAUGGUCAUUGUCUUUCUCAUUCGGACGCGCCCUUCAGCAGAGUACUCUCAAGGCAUGGGCAGGAAGGGAGGAGAACAUUGAGAAGGCCCGGGCUGCCUUCCUUACAAGGUGCAAGGUGAACUCGGAGGCGACACUUGGAACAUACAAGGGCGAYGCCGAGCUUGCCGAGGGUGCAGCAGUGAGCCUUCAUGAAAAGAAUUACAAGUACUAAAAUGGUUCUUGUGUGCUUUAUGUUUUGAAGUAGUAGCUUGUUUUAAGCAUAAGGUURGAACAUUUUGAGAAGUGUUGCUGUUCAGCUUUGGAUUYUGUUGGGAUUGUUGAGUGAGCUGCUGGUUUUUUCCAUUUCAGUUGUAAAAGAAAACAAGAAAAAGCAAGGAUUUAUCUUGUCUUUACAUUGAAAUUUAGCUUUGUUUUUUCAUUU